AUGAAGCCAGUGCUUCUGUUAGCUGUCGCCUUUUCGGCAGUCGUUGCACGACAUGUCGAUUUACCGUCACCCUACAGUGAUUUCUGUAUUCUACAAAAUAACACAAACCGUUACGAUCCGCAAAAACAGUUCGACAUUCCAUGGUACAACGUCAAUCUCGAUCUUCCACCAAAGCAACGUUGGACGGAGAUUUCAAAGACUUAUUCGCAACAGAUCAAGGACUUAAUCGCGGUACUUAUUGAUCUAAUCACACCAAUCGUACCUGAUGCGUUGGAAUGGGUUGACGUCUUGUUUGGUGAUCUCGGGGAGAAAUUGCCUCAACCAUACAAGGAUGAGAUUAUGUCAAUAGCUGAGGAUGCUGGGAUUCCUGUAGGUCAAAUUGUCGUGUACAAUAUAUUCUACGAGAUAUUCACUGUCUGUACAUCGAUUAUCGCACAAGACCCUGAUGGACAUAUUGUGCAUGCAAGAAAUCUUGACUUUGGACUGUUUCUUGGAUGGAAUGCCGACACUCAUGAAUGGAUGAUUUCAUCCGCUUUAAGGAAGAUGAUCAUCAAUGUGAAUUGGAUUAAGGACGGAAAAAUUCUCUACAAAUCGAACAACUUCGCCGGAUAUGUUGGCAUAUAUAAUGGAAUGAAGCAAGGCGCUUUCUCUGUCACCGCCAAUGAACGAUUCCAAUUGGCUGGAGGAUACCUUGGUAUUUAUCGCUGGUUGACUGGUUUGGAACCGGAUGGGAAAUGGAUGUCAUGGUUGACGAGGGAAACACUUGAACAGUUCAACACUUAUGCCGAUGCUAAAGCUCAUCUAAUGACAACCCCGAUGCUCUCGCCUGUUUAUUACAUACUUGGAGGCAUGAAUCCGGGAGAGGGUUCAAUCAUUACUCGCAGCCUUAACGGUACAGACCUUCUUACCGAGCUGAAUCCUAACGAUAAAAAUGGAUGGUACUUGUUGGAGACGAACUACGAUCAGGACAAACCGGUGUUGUAUCUUGAUGAUCGUCGUACACCCGGCAAUCAUUGCAUGCAAAAACUUGGCCAGAAGAACGUGAACUUCCAGGGUAUUUUCAAUGUUUUGUCUUCACGUACAAAUCUCAACAAACUUACCACAUAUACCGUACUGAUGCAAGUGGAGAACGGACGAUUCGAGACAAUCAUGCAAAGCUGUCCUGGAUAUUGCUGGCCGUUUUGA